AGCUGCGGUGGCCACGAUGUGCCAGCAGGGGAGGGCCCGGAGGCGGAGACUGGUCCGGCACUAGGGCGCUGUCACCUGCCCAGAGGCGGAGCCAGGAAAGAAACCAGCCUUUGGCUGAUCUCAGACACUGGAGUCCAGAGAACCCUUCUUGACCAUGCAGAGCGCCAAAGGAAUUGAGAACCCGGCUUUCGUCCCUUCCAGCCCGGACACCCCACGCCGUGCGUCUGCUUCUCCCUCCCAGGUGGAGGUCUCUGCUGUGACCUCCAGGAAUCAGAAUGGGGAUUCUCAGCCUCGGGAAUCUGAGGAGCCCCAGAAGUCGUCUGAGCCAUCUCUGCCUUCUUCAACUCCUCCAGCUUCGGAGGAGCCGCCGGGGUCACAGCUAUGCGAACUAGAGGAGGGACCUUGCGGGUGGAGGGACUUCCACCCCAGGUGUCUCCAGCUCUGCAACACUCCCCAAGGCUUUCUGCUUCACUACUGCCUCUUGGCCCUCACGCAAGGUGUUGUUGUAAAUGGCCUAGUAAACAUUAGCAUUUCCACCAUCGAGAAGCGCUAUGAAAUGAAGAGCUCACUGACCGGUUUGAUAUCAUCCAGUUACGAUAUCUCCUUCUGCGUUUUGUCUUUAUUUGUAUCGUUCUUCGGUGAGAGAGGACACAAACCUCGCUGGCUUGCGUUUGCAUCUUUCAUGAUAGGGCUGGGAGCUCUGGUCUUUUCCUUGCCACACUUUUUCAGUGGAAAAUAUGAAUUGGGAUCCGUCUUUGAAGAUACUUGCUUAACAGCAAGGAAUGACACCGGAUGUGAGUCCUCCACCUCUUUGCUGUCUAACUACUUGUAUGUCUUUGUCCUGGGACAACUGUUGCUUGGAACUGGAGGAACUCCACUCUACACCCUGGGAACAGCCUUUAUUGAUGACUCUGUGCCCACACACAAAUCUUCUCUGUAUAUAGGAAUUGGAUACUCUAUGUCAAUCUUAGGUCCUGCCAUUGGCUAUGUGUUGGGUGGACAGCUGUUGACAAUGUACAUUGAUGUUGAAAUGGGACAAAGUUCUGAUGUCACUGAGGAUGAUCCACGGUGGUUGGGUGCUUGGUGGAUUGGAUUUCUUUUAGCUUGGAUCUUUGCUUGGUCUUUGAUAAUACCUUUCUCCUGCUUUCCAAAACAUUUACCAGGAACAGCAAAAAUUCAAGCUGGCAAAAUUUCCCAGACUCAUCAGCAUAGUAGUACUUCCUUCCAACAUACAGAUGAAAAUUUUGGAAAAAGUAUUAAAGAUUUUCCAACUGCUGUGAAGAAUUUGUUGAGGAAUACUGUGUUUAUAUGUUUAGUUCUAUCCACUACUUCUGAAGCACUAAUUACUACAGGAUUUGCAACGUUUUUACCCAAAUUUAUAGAAAAUCAGUUUGGAAUGACAUCCAGCUUUGCAGCUAUCCUUGGAGGAGCUGUUUUAAUCCCUGGAGCUGCUCUUGGUCAAAUCUUAGGUGGUGUUCUUGUUUCAAAGUUCAAAAUGAAGUGUAAAAAUACGAUGAAGUUUGCGUUGUUUACAUCUGGAGUAGCACUUGUGCUGAGUUUUGUAUUUAUUUAUGCAAAAUGUGAAAAUGAGCCAUUUGCUGGUGUUUCUGAAUCAUAUAAUGGAACAGGAGAACUGGGGAAUUUGAUUGCUCCCUGUAAUGCCAAUUGCAGCUGCUUGCGGUCCUACUAUUACCCCCUCUGCGGAAGUGAUGGGAUCCAGUACUUUUCUCCCUGCUUUGCAGGCUGUUUAACCUCGGUUCCAAACAGGAAACCAAAGGUAUAUUACAAUUGUUCCUGUAUUGAAAGGAAAGUAGAGAUCACAUCUACUGCAGAAAGCACCGAUUUUGAAGCUAAAGCUGGAAAAUGCGAAACUCGGUGCACAAACUUGCCCGUAUUUCUUAGUAUUUUCUUCAUUAUUGUUGUCUUUACCUUUAUGGCAGGUACUCCGAUAACUGUGUCUAUAUUAAGGUGUGUCAAUCACAGACAGCGGUCUCUAGCAUUAGGGGUACAGUUCAUGGUACUGCGAUUGUUAGGCACAAUACCUGGACCAAUUAUAUUUGGUGUCACAAUAGACAGCACAUGUGUUCUGUGGGAUGUCAAUGAAUGUGGAAUAAAAGGAGCUUGUUGGAUUUAUGAUAACAUCAGGAUGGCCCAUAUGCUGGUAGCCAUAAGUGUUACUUGUAAAAUCAUCACCAUGUUCUUCAAUGGACUUGCAGUUGUCCUCUAUAAACCACCACCGCCAGGCACAGAGGUGUCGUUUCAGAGUCAGAAUGUAGUUGUGUCUACUAUUUCGAUAGAAGAGGACUUCAACAAAGCAGAAAAUGAAGAAUGAAAAAGGAAAAGAGGUUGUAAGAACACACCAUGCCAAGGCACCAUUGUCUAGUCUGUGUAGACCACCACUUAAAAACCCAUGUUCUACAAUUGCGGGUGUUUGUUUCCUAGGUACAGAUUCCUAUUUUUGUUAUAAUGCAGACAAACAAAACAAAACAAACAAAAAACCCAGGCCUGUGCCUUUCAAGCUCACCAAAAGCCACAAUCCACACCGAAAAAAUUCUUAUUUGCUCCCAUUUUCUAGCUGUGAAGUCAUCAAGGAGUAACAAGAAUAUUGACCAGCAACCAGUAAUUGAAAGUUUACACUAAAAAAAUAUAUGUGCACAAACUCAAAACAUCAGUUUUUGUUUGUUUUGGUUUUUGUAAGACAGGGCCUCACAUAUCCCCAGAUGCCCAGGAACUCAGGUAGCCAAAGAUGACCUUUGAUCCCUGAUCCUCUUGGCAAUACAUCUCAAGUAUUGGGGUCAUAAGUGUAUGUCACCACUACUGGCUCACACUGAUAUGUUUUUAAAUUCUUUCUAUAAGUAGUUACAUUUUAAUGUUCACUAUCAGUAGUUUGAAUUUGAGAAUUUUACAACAACAACAACAAAAAAAUUAAGCUAAUCAAAUUUAUUUGAUUUUUGGAGCUGGUUAUUUAAAACUCAUGAAAUUCAAGGCAGCUUUACAAUGUAAUUUGUUUUUACAUCUCCUUUUCUGCCAUCUAUUUCCAUAGUAAGUUACCGAACUGGUAGAAUGUAGGAUAGUUAUCUUGUUUGUGUUCCAGCACCCUGCCACCUCAGAAAUAUCAGCAUUGACUACAUAUAUUUUCAAUUCAGAAUAAGAUUUCUAGGAGGUGAGUCAUUAAUAUUGUUGAAUUUUAACACUAAAACUUAUGAUUCUGUGAUAGUAUUAUUUAAUUACAUAUUUUCAGAGGAACAAAACAGGUCCAGUAAUAAAAAACUACCACCUAGACAUGGCAAAGUCAUGUCACAAUGCCUUAUGUAUCAUAAAAUGCUUAUGUAUUGCAUGCUUCAAAUUUUAGUUUUCAAAUUAAUCACUUAGCACAUUACUUAUAGUAACCAAAAUAGAGUUUCAUUUAACAGGCAUUAGAUGUUGUUAUUUAAGUAAAAGUUUAAAUUCAAUAAUGCAUUUACUGGAAGCACAAGUAUUUUAUAUGCUUGACGUCAUAGGAACAAAAUCCCAUCUGUGUGGGUUCCUGACAAAUUUACAUAAAGUACUGAGGUGAUCAGUCAUUUAGCAUCAGGAAAAAUAACUUAUUCUUGUGAAUACUAUUUCUAAUUAAGAAAAGUAUUGAAGGGCUAAGGAUGUAGCUGAGUGCAAGGUCUGAAUUUGAUACUUGGUGCUAAAAAGAUCCACUCAAAACUAAGGGUGAUAAUAUUUGAAUUGUUUUUGCAAAUUCAAGCUGCUGUUUAAUAAGGUUUGUUAUCAGGUUCCCAAUCAGCCAGCCACUCCCUACCCCCCUUUAGUUCUUCAUAAACUCCGUGUAUCAGGUUCCCCAUCAGGACAACGCAAGUCCAAAGAAAAGACCAGGAAGAAAGUCAGAGUCAGAAGCACUAGAAAUCGCAGAAUUUAUGUUGCUGUGUCUAGUGUAAUCUGUGUGGUCAAGGACUUCAGAACCUAAUAUCGCUUACAAGCUUAAAUUCAAGAAGGAGGGAUGAGGUAGGAGUUAAACUUGGAAGCACCUUGAAUAUGAAAUAAAAGGUGCAGUCUCAGGAAACAGAGGUCUAGACCUACUUAACUCAGGAACAUUUACGAACCAAAAAUCCACUUAAAAAAUACAGCCCAAAUUCAGGAAUUUGGGAAGCAGACAAUUUCUGUCCACUCAAGGGACAACACAAGAAAGACAGGGAAAUACACAUGAUACCUCAGGUGAGCAUAUUCAUCCCCAUCUACCAGGCACAUUUUAAAUACCGCCUCCACUGUGGCCAAGGGCAAUAGACUUUCUUCAGCCCGUGUGUGGAAGCAUGGAAUCCAGUGGGAAGCCAUAACAUAAUGGCAUACUUGAGAAGUGCAGUGGUAGAAACAUGAAACAAGAACAAGGAAGAAAGCAAACUAUCCAUACAUACAGAUGAGUGUCCUGCCACUUAGAGAGAAGGAAAAAAAAAAUCCUAAACAUAGAAAUAGUCUGACAAACAGGUCAAUAGACAGUUGGCAACCAUAAUGAAGUGUUCAUCAAACUGAUGUUGUCUUCAGCAUACUCAGUUUUGAAGUAUUCCUUUUAUAUUUUUUUUAAUAAACUUGCAAAUGAAAAUGUUUAAAGGGAACCAAUAAUUUUGGUACUUGCACAUACAAUUUAGAAAGGAUACCUCCAUUCGUAAGAGGGUAAAUACACUACUGUAAUCUUCAUUGUUUCUACUUGUAAAUUCAUGCAGAUUAUAUGUGUCAGAAUGCUGCUUUUAGAAUACAUUUCCAUAAUAUAUAUUUGCCACAGCUUAUAAUUAUUUUAAAAUAACUUGCAGGUGGAUCUGCUGUAAUUUUGUACAUAUCUGAACAUGUCUUAAAAUUUGUAACAUUUUAAUUUUCUUAACUGCAUAAAAUAGAAAUAUAAAAUUCAUACACAUGAGAAAAUUGUAUAUAUUUGACUUUGCUAUGUAAAUUGAAGGAAGAUAUAAAUAAAAUAUAGACCUAUUUUCUUCGUCACAAACAACUCUGUGAAUAAUUACUACAUGUAACUUUUAUUAAAUCACACUAUUUGUAUUACAUUGUUUUAAGUGUUUGAUUAUCUUGGGUUUUUCAUUGCUGAGACAAAAAGUCAGACAACUAAAGCAAGUAAAGGGAGAAAAGAUGUACUUUGGCUCCCAGUGUGCGAUUAUAGUCUAUCAUGGCACAGAAGACCCAGCAGCAGGGCCAUGAAGCUGCUGGUCACGUGACAUCAUGUCAGGAAGCAAAGAGGUGCUUGUGCUCAGUAUGCUUUCUCUUUUUUAUUCAGUCUAGGACCCCAGCCCCUGAAAUGGUACUGCCCAGAUUUAAGGUAGAGCCUCCCACCUCCAUUAACCUGAUCUGGAUUAUUCCUUACAGACAUGACUGGAUAUUUGUUCCCAUGGUGAUUCUAAAUGCCAUCAGAAUGACAAUCAAGGAUGACGAUCAUGCACAAUAUCUUAGAAAAAAUAACUUCAAAGAAAAGACAUAUUUGACUUACAGUCUUAAAGGUUUAGUCCAUGGCCAUUUGGCUGCAUUGUUGCUGAGGUUAUGGUGAGUCAGAGCAUAAUGGUUGGGGGCCAAAUUGCUUUCCUCAUAAUGGCUAGAAGGCAGAAAAAGAGAGUAGAACAGGUGGUAUACAAGUACACCCUUCAAGGGCAUGCCCACAAUGACUGACUUCCUCUAAUUUCUUAGUUUCAACCACCUUCCAGGAAUGGCCCCCAACUUGCAAUCAAAUACUUCAAGGACAUUCCAAAUCCAAACUAUAACAUGAGCCAGAUAGUCUUUGAAAGACAACUUAUCUUUAUUUAUGAACCUAAACACGUUUUGUGAAUGGUAAAAGGAAAUCAAUGUGCUUUUGAACUUGGUGAAUACAAUCCAGUGACUUUGUAUCUUAGUAAGUAUAUAUAAUUCAAUAAAAAUUGCAUUCAUUACCAUACUAGGAGAAUUAUCUUACACCAUAAUUUACAUGUUUGAAAAAUUCAAGAAUAAUACAUAAGGUUUUGUGCAUACUUUUGUAGAUGUGAAUUUUCUGCUAAUUGCAAAAGUAACAUUUCAUCUUGGUUUAUCAAAAUGCCCAGUACAGUUCUUGGAAAGAAAUCAUGUUAGACAUUAAUGGUCUUUAUGUUCUCUAAAUCCUAUCUAUGAUUAAUUGUUUAUUUGUCCUGGAUCAUUACUCCUUUCCAAUCAAGAAGAGUUUUUAAUUCUUCCCUUUUAUUCCACUCCUGCUUGUCUAUUGAUGAGUCUUUAAUUUCAAAUUUUGUUACCUUGAAACAAAUGUGAAUUGUUGUAAGUUUCUAU